UACAAAAGCCGAUGCAUGUUUACUUGUUUUCAUAAAUCAACGUACGGAAGUUUCAGGAAAACACUUCCUGUAUCCGCGGUAGUUAAUUUUCAAUAAUAGAAUUUCAGUUACUGCAAUAUGCUCAUCUUUUGCCGACUUUAACGUGAAGAAGUUAUGAUGGCUCUGAUCAAAAUUAAAACAUUUCCCUUAUCCAUUUUUGCGUUAGCGAUUAUUUUGAAAUGGGCAGACUCGCAGCGACAUUCCGACCGACAUUUAGAUGAUGGCUACGGCGUCACUCAGGAUUACGGCAAUACAUACGCUAUCAGCCAGGAUCUAUAUAAUCCUGACCAGUACAAUAAUUAUCCCAAUCUGCCCAUUGGCGACCCAUCACCGACGCAUGCCAGUAACCACGACCCUUAUGCCGAACUGCAAGGUACGCGAGAGUCAGAGACGACAGGUGACCAGGAUACGUGGGACGGAUACGCCGGCGACCAGGCAGCCACAACGCCGGCCGCGGAACGCCAAACGGCCGGUUACGCGUCGUACGAUCCGUACGGGGCGCGAGGAUAUUCUGGUAACUACGAUCCCUACGGUGGGCGACGAAGCGAAGCAGAGCGCGGUGGGGACGACGGACAAACCGACACCCAGGAAGAGGUGACCACACAAAGCAGCGCUGGAAAUGAUCCGUACCAGACGCGGGAUCCCUAUGCGCAAGAUCGCGAACGUAACCAAGCAGGUGGAUCCGAUUCUGAUGCCGAAAGAAAUGCAAACGUUAACAGGGAUAAUUACAACACGGUGGAUCCCUAUGCGUAUGCAACCACCACAGCGAUUCCGUGGGUGGGCAAUUACGGCGAUCGCCACACCCAAGACCAAAGCGUUUCCGGUGCCAGCGGAUACAACCCAUAUGCAACCGGCAGGCAGGCGGCUUCCGGUAGCAGCAGUGGUAGCAGUUACGAUCCGUAUAACCGAGAUACCGUUGACCGGCAAUCAGCGACACCGGAACCGUACCAGUACCCCGAAGCCACAACGUCCGGCUAUGACCCGUACGGGUCAGUAGCAGCCACUCCUUACGAUCCCUACGCAAGCUAUCGGACGAGUGCGUCGAACUACGAUCACUACGAAACCACGACGCAGAAUCCCUAUGACAACAGUUACUACCAAACACAAGCACCAAACGAUAAUUACGGCAGUCAGUACGGAAACAAUUAUGAUCCCUACGCCCGCGCUUAUGAAACCACGACGAUAAAUUACUGGAACACACCAAGCUACGCUGGACAGGAUUCAUAUGCAGGACGGUAUCAGACCACUACACAGGAUUAUUGGAGAAAUCGCAAUUACGGUGGCCAGGUAGAAGCGUCCACGCAGAGUCCAUACCAAUACGACCGGCAAACGACACAAUCAUAUUACAGCGGCGGUUAUAAUUACGGCAACCAAGAUGUAUACGCAACUCCGAGUCCGUACAAUCACUACAGUACAGCUACUCCUUACAACGCGUACGGUAACCAGUAUUACACAACGCCACGAUACAAUAGUCAAGGAUAUGGUAACGGUUACAACGGUGGCAGUUACAGCAAUAAUUAUGGCAACGGUUAUGGUCAAGGCAGCUACUCCAGUUCUAAUUCGUAUUCUUCGUACGGAAACGGCAAUUAUGCGGCGACGACCCCGGCACCCACUUGCAUACAGUAUAAUCCCGUGAGUAAUGGCAACGGUGGUAAUGGUGGGCACAGCCCGCCAGCGUCCAACUCCGGGGAAAGCUGCUGUACAUUUUAUAGAAAUGGUAUGACCUGCCAAGAAUGUACCACAAUACAGGGCAGUUUUUUCGCUCGCCGUACAACUUGUUCUGGAUCGUCUUCCUGGUCGUUUGGAAAGAAGUGAUAAGACUUUGGAAAGAAUCACAACCUGUAUUUAUGAUGUUGCAUAUGUGCGAGCCACAGACUGGAUUUGUGUUCAUUACGAAUCACUACUCUGGUAGUAGACACUUGGUAGCCAAUACAACAAUGAUUUGGUAAACAAAAAGUUUCUUUCUUUUUCUCUCUCUCUGCAUUUGCUUUGUUAAAAGUAUUUUUAAGCACCUUCCAAUGAUUACAAAUUAAAACGAACUAGCUAGAGAACAA